CUUAUUCUUUUCUCUGUGCGCGAAAUACAUUUGUUAAAAUUUGCUUAUUACCUUAUGUACGCUGGGUAUUAAUAUAGCACCUCAUAGCUCGGCAUGAAGGCUAAAUUUUCAUCAAAAGGAUAUACUAUAUAUCCUCCGGACCUUCAAGUAUUCAUCUCAAGGUACUUAAUGUAUCAUUUCCUCCAACGCUUCUUUACUUUUCUCCAUCCUUCGUUAUUCCAUCCUAACCUCUACCGACAAGCAAUUGCAUGUUCAAUAUUUUAUUGUUCUACGGGCCUACCCUGCGUUGUCUACCAAAUCGACAAAUACCCAAUCAUGGUGGAUGAACCUACAAGAUGCUUAUCAGGGUUCUGCGUGUAUAGCGUAUGGAGUGCCGUCAUCAUUUUGGUCGACGCACAGAUUGUCCAGCGGCGAGAUACAAUCGUACAACGGGGCCGUGAGCUCCAAAACAGCCUUCACAUACCAAAUUGUUUGCGCGUUUUUGCCGAAGCGGAUCCAGGAAUGUUAAAGGAGGAUUUACGAGCUGCAGCCCACUUCCUGGUCCUUGCGUGCGCUAUGGUUGUCUUCGGCGUGCUUGUCGCUUUUCUCAAAUGGACGGUUCGGGAUUCUUCCGUAUUAGGCGCUGCGGUUAUUGGCCCGCUAUGUAUCGUUCUUCUCGUAUGGCUGGGACUUAUAUUGGGAAGGCGAAAGAUAUCGAAAGGCAACUUUCAGGACGACAGAGAGGAUCCCGAGAAAGGCACACCGAACAACGGAUGGAACCCUGGUCUGAAGAGGGCGCUUAGAGGUUUCCGGGCCACCGCUGUGAUGGUGCUCUGAUUCAUUACCCCUAUAGUUCAGCAGCUCCUGAGCCCCCUCAUCUUGUCUUGCAUGCGAAUGACGGGACGAGCAAUAUAAGAAAAGAGGUCUUCUCCGACACACAUCCACACAUCCACACAUUAGCUACUCGGGCGUUUCCUCUUCUGCGAUAGCUCUUGCGCAUAUAAAGCGUACUAUGCGACUAUAUUCGACUUUACUCUUAGGAAACCUCGCAACCUUGAGUUGAUGAUAUUAGGUAGGUAGUGAAUAUAACUAGAUGUCUGCCAAAGCAACUAAGUUGUGAUCCUGGAUAAGUGAAUUAUGCAUAUUUUAUUAAUUUAUGUUAUGUCAUGGAUGGUGUGGCAGAAAUGCUAGGUACGUACAUACAUACG